CAGAUAAGACGCCAUAUGUAAACUGGCUGCCAGUGUUCACGCGGCAUUACAUCUGCUCGAUGGGGUCUUUGAAGCUGCUGGUGGUGGUGGUCUGGGCGCUCUGCAGGGGCCUCGCAGUGGUGGCGAAUAUCAGGACUGGGGGCCCAUACGAGAUCGACUUAGUGGAGUUUUCACCAUGCACUGAUAUUGGCAGUCUUGGUAUUAUGUUCAAUGUGUUAUACACUUUUGAACAUUGCAAAGUUGCUUACAAUGGAAACCUGACGUUUCCGUAUGAUGAAGACGACGAGGAACUGCUGACUGCAAUUAGAUUUGACAAAUGGGGCAGUACUGGUGGCUGGAAAUAUGAAGGUACUUUCGAGAGGUACGACAUUAUGACAGUCAUGCUUACCUACUUUCCAAAUGCCUUCAAAAGUUUCUAUGGCAGCAUGGGCAUUACAGGAAAACCAAUGCCAGCCGGUACCUACCAAAUGGUGAACUUCAAACCGAUGGGGCUAAAACUUGUUAACUUUCCUGAAUUGCCGUAUGGCUAUUUCAGGUUAAUGGCGAAACAAUCCAAAGAUGAUAAUCCGUUAGGUUGUCUGGAGCUUCGUGUCUAUGUCAGGGAGAGCCCUUCAUAGAUAUCAGGUAACUCGAAGAAAGGCAACAAAGGCAUGCGCAUCAUCGGCUGAAGCACAAGGAAACAGGACUAAAUCGCCUGACUGGAUCGUCAGAAAAAUAAAUAUAUGAAUGAAGUAAAAACAAAAAAAUAGAAAUUAAAAAUUAAAAUAAAUAAGAAAGUAAGAAACUUCUCUCUCUCUCUCUCUCUCUCUCUCUCUGUCACACACACACACACACACACACACACACACACACACACACACACACACACGCACAUGCACGCGCACACAAACACAGACAAACAAUCGCACACUCCCAUAAAAUCGAGAGUGGAGAACGGUUUUGAAACCCAGUAGGUGCAACUCCACUCAUUUUGUACAGUUUCUAGACAAGGACGAUUUUUUUCUAAAUGGUUGUGCCCUUUCUUCCAACUCAGAAUUAAUCCUACUGCUGUUUGCACCGUUUUCUGCUGCUGUUGAUGUUACCCUAUUUUCGUCUGACCGAAAAUCCUUAAUCUCUUUCUAUGUCACUUCACUGACCCCCCAGAAAGCUUGGACUGAGCGGUCUCUUUUCAAACUUUUUACCUUCCCUACCACAAUCAGAUUUCUGGUAUUCCACUUUCCGACUCGAGGAAACAGUUUUAUGAAUUUUAUACUAAUAUACUACCGUAACGAUGCCAAUAUAUUUUUCGGUAAUGCUUUCAAGGUAAACGCCAAUUGCUAGUAAAAUCACUUUUAACUCCACUUCAAAACAUGUCGUUAUUAUUUUUGUAUAAAAUUUCCAUAAACUUUUUACAUAUAAAGAUGGUGAUUACUUCUACUUGAAAAUAAAAUUUCGUUAUCACUGUGCGGCAUUUGUCUCUCUCCACAGAACUUGAUGACACUGAUGCCUAAGGUGGUUUUGUUCAUAACUUCGCGCUGUAUCUGACUUAUAGUUUGAAGAACACCUUUAGAAGACUCAUGCUUACUAAAUUACCGCUUAUGAGAUUUCCCACUGUUUCAAACACGUUUAUUAAACUCAUACAGCACGCCAAGAUACAAAUAUACUCAACACAUAAUCUGAGUUUCAUUUAUCUCUUGUUGAUGUAACACACUUGCUUCCAGUUUUCUAAUAAGUAUCAAUGCAGUCAGAAGCACCAACAAUCAUUUUGAAUAUGAUGAAGUGGAAUGCAUACCUUUCCAACUAAUCCUUGUGCGUAUUCUGCUUUCAGAGCCCUGUCAACGGGCAUUUCUCAAAAUUGGCAUCCCUAAUAUAAAGAUUAGUUUACAAUUGUGUUCACGAAAGAAAAUCGAUUGCUCUCUUUUUCUUAGAUGAUGUGCCGCUUUCAAGACAUUAACUAACAAUUCAAUGCUAACACUACUGACAUGAUCCACAGCGAUGUCAUCACUCAACUAUGUUGCCUGUCACAAAACACUAAAUUUACAGAUACCUAUGUACAGUGUUUCAAAAUAAUUUUCUUCCGCUAAUGACUUUUGAAUUAACAGGACAUUAAUAAUAUUAUUUACACUUUUAGAGUUAACCAGAUUCCAAAUAUACAAGAAGUGACCGUGUGCAAUUUGAUACAUAUUCAUCGGUGCUUCAUCCUCGGUACUUAUAUGAAAUAUUAGUCUUCAUACAACUGUCGUACUAUUACAACUUGAGUGGGAACUCAUACAUCUGACCCAAGUAUAUCGGCAAUUGAAUAUAACAUACAAAGAAUUCUUUUCUUCCUUUUUUUUAAAAAAAAAAUCUUAUGGGACUUAACUGCUAAGGUGAUCAGUCCCUAAGCUUACACACCACUUAACCUAAAUUAUCCUAAGGACAAACACACACACACCCAUGCCCGUGGGAGUACUCGAACCUCCUCCGGGACCAGCCGCACAGACCAUGACUGCAGUGCCGUACACCGCUCGGCUAAUCCCGCGCGGCUACGAAGAUUGAAUUGACAGUCUCAAAAGGACAUAGUUUUGGUGUUAACUUUAAGCAAUUUGAUCCCAGUAUUUUAAUUCAUACUGUGUUUCCAACUUCAUACAUACAAGUUGUUAUAAACAAGCAAAAGCGUCCUAGUUCUACUGUUGGUACUAAAAUAGCUUCUAUAAUUACGAGCCAAAACAACUGUAAUGUACUACUUCUGUUGUUAUACUCAUACAAACGUAAAUCUGUAAAUCUGACUAUUUAGAAACUGAGAUCUUAGCCUUA